AUGCCGCACGUCGUCGACAGCGACGACGACGCCCCGCCGCCGCGCGCCGCCUGGUGCCGCGCGUGCGGCCACGACCACGCGCCGGGCACGACGUGCGGCGUCUGCGGCCACCACCGACGCGUCGACGACGACCUCGACGACCUCCCGAGACCGCGAUUGGGGCACGACGAACCAAUCAUCGAAGUCAUCGACAAGUUUUUGUGCCUCGGCGCGUUCGAACACACGAGCAAGGAGGACGUGCUGCUGGCGUGCGGGAUACGAACGGUGAUGAACAGCGUGCCGCAGUGCACGCCGUGCUGUAGCUCUAGGCAAAUAGACGUCUUCACGGCGCCGCGAAACGCGAAUGACGGUACGAAAUUGGAUUUAGGGGAGACGGUGAGGAAGUUAGAGCAAUUACACGUCAAGGCGAAGCGCGCGGAUGAGGCUGGGGUGCCGAAUAGGGUGCUGGUGUACUGCAUGAGCGGGCACUCGCGCGCGCCGAGCGUCGCCGUGGCGUAUCUGAUGUAUAGCGAGCGGAGGAAAUUGGAGGACGCGAUGCGGGCGCUGGAGCGCCGAUACCCGCGCGGACACAAGGGCAUUAAGCUCAAACCGAGCGAUUUAGCAACUUUGGAGGAGUUUGAGAGGGAACUUUACCCGAACGAAUGA